GGCUUGGCCUUAUCAUCUUCAGCGCUGAGUUUAUCCUUCCCAAUCUGCAUCCUCGAACUGGUUCCGAACUUUUGUUCGCAGAAAGUAUAAAACCUCAUGAGUCUUCGUAUAUGGUAAGAGUUGCCACGAGUUCCCAUGAACAUGAAAAAGUGAUAUUUGGAACAGUUUCUGGUCAAAAGAACAUAAUGAUGAGAACUGAUGAGGUUUUGCAUGUUUUGAACUUGCCUUGUUUUUCUCCCCAGCCAUGUAAAUGGCAAGAAUCAGAGAGUCUAGACCUUGACUGA